CGCAUUCCAAGGACUGGCCUUCCUGCGCUGGAGGGAGAUGGGAAACGAGGUGCGUUGCGGCGGGUAAUGGGCGGCGAGGAGUAACGGCACAUGGGGCGGAGAGGAAACGCCGCUUUGAAAGGGCCCAGAAGAGUUUGGAGGGGAAGGGAAGAGAGCUGGAGGUGGUCGCGGUGCUGGCAGGCCGAGCCUGGCCAUGGUUAAGGUGAUUGUAUAAUUCCUGUCUGUGUGUGCAGCCUGAAAGGCCUUAGGCAGCAACCAUGGUGAAACACUUCUUCGAUUUAUCUACUCUCAAGAGCACAUGGGACCAAGUUGCUUCUGCAUUCUGGCAACGAUAUCCAAACCCCUUCAGCAAACAUGUAUUAACUGAAGAUGUGAUUUACCGUGAGGUAACUUCAGACAACAAGCUGGUUUCUAGACGUCUAUUUACAAAGACUAACCGCCUGCCUCGUUGGGGAGAGAUGGUGUUCCCUGCUAACCUGGCACAAUCUGUCUUUGUUGUUGAAGACUCCAUAGUUGAUCUUCAAAACCGAACAUUUACCACGUUAACAUGGAAUAUUAAUCACACGCGCCUCAUGCAGGUAGAAGAAAAAUGUAUUUAUCGUACAAACCCAGAAAAUCUGGCAUGGACACAAGUACAGCGUGAGGCAUGGGUCAGUUCAAAUGUAUUUGGAUUUUCACGAGCAAUUCAGGAAUUUGGUCUUGCCAGAUUUAGAAGAAAUCAGUUAAAAGCAACACAAGGAUUUGAAUAUAUACUUUCUCACUUACAAGGUGAGUUACCACCUAAAACUCUGAAAGAAACUGCAAAAGAGGCGACUGAGAAGGCGAAGGAAACAGCACUGGCAGCCACAGAGAAAGCCAAGGGCCUGGCAUCCAAAGCAGCCCCACAAAAGGCAAAACAGUUUGUCUGAACGAGAAAGAAAGGCUUGGUUUGCACACUGCAUCUUUGGUCCUUUUGAGAAUGAGUCUUUUUCUUUUAAAAAAAACAAGCAACUGUUUAUUGCGCAGGCACCAAAUGUCCUGUGUUUCUCGGUGGUCUUUACUUGUGUGCACUGAAUGUUUACAGCAUUAACUUUUCUUUUAAUUUUUACUGUGUCCGCAAUAGAAACAGCUUACUGGCAGUCUUAGUAUUCCCAGUGGAUUAAAGGAAUACAGGUACAGAUACGUUACCAAGCCUUGCAAAACAACUUCCAGAGGCUUCUUGACCAUUUGCAUCUUUUCCAGUAACGAUUAUUUCAAUGGAAUGAUUAUUCAUUAUUUUAAUUUUUCAAGUAUUCUUUUAAACUAAUAAAUUAAGUAAACAGUAGUCCAUGACAGUGAAGUGAUACACAGCCAGGAUAAUCAUUAAACACUGAUGAAAAUGAACAUUCCUUUUGAGGGUUCUCUUCCUGGUUAUUUUUUUUGGUCCCUUGGGCAUUAUGGAUUAAACUGGGCACAGAAUUUUACAAAUAAAAUUAAGGUGGUGAUGUUCCGUCUGAUAUGUUCUUAAUCAGAUGCUGGAUUAUUUAUUUUCAAUUGUUUUCUUUUGCCUAAAUUCAAGAAAUUGUCUCGUUGGCUACUUAGAUGUAAUGUGCAAAGCUUUGAUUCUUGUUGUACCAGAUUUCUUAAAUGAAUUUAACUUUUACUUUUAAGUGUCUAACAUGACGGUAGACCGUCAAAACUAGACAAUCUGGCUACCACAGUAAAUCGUGGCGAAGGACAUGUACUGACUUAGUGUCCGAAAAUAUGUGUUAGCAUUUCAGAUUUAAGCUCUUAAUCAAAAUUAAGUCUACUUUAAGCCUUGAUUUGAUAUUACGGCAGAACAUGCAAGCGGGAUUACAUAGACGUGCCCUGUUCUAAUGCUCCAUCAAUCUGGCAGAUAAUAGGAGUCCUUCUACAGGGAUAGGGAGAGCUAUAGCUUUUCUUUAACUCUGCACAUGCUUGGCUGACUCACUUUUUUGUUUGGCACUGCAGCUUACAGCUUAGCCAUUUGUGUUAAGCUUUGCUGAAGUGUCUCGUCCACCUGUCCUCUGUACUUUUCGAAUGCUGCUGCAAUGUUUCCAGAAAAUCUUCUCUGCUCAGGUAACAGAAGCUGUUCAGCGCUCAUGUUUUUCUUCAGCAGCCCUGCAUUUCAUAGUUUCUAAGUUUGUUUAAAGAAAGGUUGGGGGGGGGAGACUGUAAUGCUGGCAGGUUUCUUCAAGAUGAUGCAAGUAACAAUUUUGCACAAGCCCUUACUGCUGAAACCUCUUUAACCUUGAAUGUGCUAUUAUUGUGUAACUGGACGGGUAAUGUUUACCAAUUUAUUCUGUAUUUUUAGAAAGAGUUUCUAAAGAUUUAAUAGUCUGUCAAACUUUCAGAACUGCCUUUCAUAAUGUUUAAUAAAUGUCACCUGAAAAAUCUCA